GCUUGGUUGUUUAUGUAUACAAUUUGGUGAACAGCAACUGGAGAUAAGGAUUUCUUUCUUGCCAAAAUCCGUUUCCAUCCAAGUCGAUUGAACAUCGACGGCCGCSUUGCUUGUCUUGAUAUUUUUGUUAAGGUCUAGGGACAAUGGCGGCAGAAGAUGGAAAGCAAUCGACGACUGAGAGAGCCCUCAAAAAUGUCCCUACGCCGCCUGUCCAUCGUCUUACAAUGUCAGAAGCUUUCGAUUCUAACGGUAAACCUAGAGCAGAUGUACUCAAGGCUCAUUUUAUUCUGGAAGGUAGAGUCGAAGAAGAAGUUGCCCUUCGAAUUAUAAAUGGAGGAACCGAACUUUUACGAAAAGAGAAAAAUAUGUUAGAAGUAGAUGCGCCUAUCACAGUUUGUGGUGACAUUCAUGGACAGUUCUACGACCUAGUAAAGCUGUUUGAAGUCGGAGGAUCUCCUGCAAGUACUCGUUACUUGUUCCUUGGGGACUACGUCGAUCGAGGAUAUUUCUCUAUCGAGUGUGUGCUGUAUUUGUGGGCAUUAAAGCUGUUAUAUAGUAACACAUUGUUUCUCCUUCGCGGUAACCACGAAUGUCGCCAUCUUACAGAAUAUUUCACCUUUAAAACAGAAUGUAAAAUAAAGUAUUCAGAAGCUGUGUACGAUGCUUGUAUGGACUCAUUUGACUGCUUGCCUCUAGCUGCUCUUAUGAAUCAACAGUUUUUAUGUGUUCAUGGUGGACUUUCACCGGAAAUUCACACUCUAGAUGAUAUUAAAAAGCUUGAUCGUAUAAAAGAACCMCCAGCAUUUGGUCCCAUGUGUGACUUGCUGUGGUCUGACCCUCUUGAAGAUUAUGGAACAGAGAAAACUUCAGAGCAUUUCAGCCAUAACACAGUGCGUGGAUGCUCCUACUUCUAUAGUUAUCCUGCAACUUGCGAGUUUCUCCAGAACAACAAUCUACUGUCAAUCAUAAGAGCACACGAGGCACAAGACGCAGGGUAUCGUAUGUACAGGAAAAGUCAAGCAACUGGUUUCCCUUCACUGAUAACAAUUUUCUCUGCUCCAAACUACCUUGAUGUGUAUAAUAACAAAGCUGCCGUUCUUAAAUAUGAAAACAAUGUUAUGAACAUAAGGCAGUUCAACUGUUCUCCUCAUCCCUAUUGGCUUCCAAAUUUCAUGGAUGUUUUCUCUUGGUCUCUGCCAUUUGUUGGUGAAAAAGUUACUGAAAUGCUUGUGAAUAUUUUGAAUAUUUGCACGGAUGAGGAGCUAGAAGACCCAGAAGAAGAUGCAGACAAGUCUGAUUCUGUCAAAAGAAAAGAAGUCAUUCGAAGCAAAAUUAGAGCAAUUGGUAAAAUGGCUAGAGUCUUCACUGUUUUAAGGGAAGAGAGUGAAAGCAUCUUACAACUAAAAGGAUUGACUCCUACUGGUCAUCUACCUGUGGGACUAUUGUCUGGAGGCAAGACAGAGGUUAAAGCAGCUCUAGCAGGUGUGGACCCUAAACAUAAAAUCUGUGAUUUCCAAGAGGCCAAGGGACUUGAUCGAGUCAAUGAACGAAUGCCACCAAGAAAGGACCUUCCACCACAGAACUAAAUAUUAAAAAACCUUAGACAUUCAGUCAUUAACAAAGACUAUUUGUGGUGUUUUAGAGUGAAGACAUUUGUCUAUUUGACUAUUACACCUUGACUAUUUUGAUUCUUCUUUCACAGGUUUAAUGUCUUCUCUCUAUCACACUCAAAUGAAAAAAGAUAAAAGUAAUACUAUGAAAAUAAUAAUUUGAACUCAAUGUUGAACUUAAAAUACUUGUAAUACUUAUUAAUAUGUAAUUACAAUGUACAGAUAAAAACACUAGUCCAGAACCA